AAUUAAUAAAUUUUAAAAAUGGCACAAGAGGUGGAAGAAACUAUGAAACGUAUUCAAUCACAUAAGGGGGUAGUUGGAACAAUUGUAGUUAAUGCAGAAGGUAUCCCAAUCAAGUCUACAUUGGAUAAUACUACAACAGUUCAAUAUGCAGGUUUGAUAAGUCAAUUAUCAGAUAAAGCAAGAUCUGUAGUAAGAGACUUGGACCCAACAAAUGAUCUUACUUUCCUACGUAUUCGCAGUAAGAAACAUGAAAUUAUGGUUGCCCCAGAUAAAGAAUUUAUACUUAUAGUAGUGCAGAAUCCAGUUGAUUGA